CGCUAUAUGCACUGAUCCCUGAAUAUGAAGUCAUGAUUUGACACUUCAUGAAAAAUACAAAUAUCAAAUAUUGUCUUGCAAGUCACGAAGUAGUUUCAGCAUAGCUGUUGGAUUGAAAUGGCAGAAAUUGAUUUAUUGAAUACCGAGAAGGAUGAAUCCGAUAUUCGCCCCAUGAAAGAUACUCCUUUAGACGAGGUAGAUAUGGAAGACUUGUACACGAAAUAUAAGAAAUUACAAAAAUUGCUCGAGUUUCUCGAAGUCCAAGAAGAGUAUAUCAAGGAUGAACAAAGGAAUUUGAAAAAAGAAUACCUUCAUGCUCAGGAGGAAGUGAAACGUAUUCAAUCCGUACCGCUUGUUAUCGGGCAAUUUUUAGAGGCAGUCGAUCAGAACAAUGGAAUUGUAGGUUCGACAACGGGAUCAAACUAUUUCGUCCGCAUACUUUCCACCAUUGAUCGAGAGUUGUUGAAACCGUCUGCUAGUGUAGCUUUGCAUAAGCAUAGUAAUGCUCUGGUCGAUGUUUUGCCUCCAGAGGCAGACAGCUCGAUUUCAAUGCUUCAAGCUGAUGAAAAACCUGAAAUACAGUAUUCAGACAUCGGUGGAAUGGAUAUGCAGAAGCAGGAAAUUCGCGAAGCUGUUGAGUUACCACUUACACACUUUGAAUUGUACAAACAAAUAGGCAUUGAUCCGCCGAGAGGAGUACUUAUGUAUGGGCCUCCUGGCUGUGGUAAAACCAUGUUGGCAAAAGCAGUCGCACAUCAUACUACAGCUGCGUUUAUAAGAGUUGUUGGAUCUGAAUUUGUUCAGAAAUAUCUUGGAGAGGGACCCAGAAUGGUACGAGAUGUAUUUCGUCUAGCUAAAGAAAACUCUCCGGCCAUAAUUUUUAUCGAUGAAAUAGAUGCUAUUGCCACAAAACGUUUCGAUGCGCAAACAGGAGCCGACAGGGAAGUCCAGCGCAUUUUGCUAGAGUUGCUGAAUCAAAUGGACGGGUUUGACCAGACAACUAACGUUAAAGUGAUUAUGGCUACUAAUAGAGCGGAUACAUUGGAUCCUGCAUUGCUGCGACCGGGACGUUUAGAUAGAAAAAUUGAAUUUCCUUUGCCGGAUCGUCGACAGAAGCGAUUAAUUUUUUCGACUAUCACAGCAAGGAUGAAUUUAUCUGAAGACGUCGAUCUAGAAGAUUAUGUUGCCAGACCAGACAAAAUAUCAGGAGCGGAUAUAAAUGCAAUAUGCCAGGAAGCCGGUAUGCAUGCUGUCAGAGAAAAUAGAUACAUCGUUCUGGCUAAAGAUUUUGAGAAAGGUUACAAAAAUAAUAUAAAGAAGGAUGAAACUGAACACGAAUUUUACAAAUAAAUAAUAUUUCCGUAAUUUCUCAUUUGAAUAUUUUGCUAAAUAAAGCACAUAAAAUUUCAAAA